CCCUACAACGCUUUUUUAAAUAUUUUUAAUUUUAAUCUUAGAUAAUGUCUCGAUUUAACAACAAUCGCGGCGGCCUCGGGAUGAACCAGUUCCAGCAACGCAGAGGCGGUGGACCCGGCGGUCCGAUGAGGGGUGGGUUAAUGGGAAACCCUCAUUUCAGGAACCAUCCUUUCCAGAAUCAGAAUCAAAACCGAAGAGGGCACAAUAAUAAUAAUAACAUGAACAGGCAGGGUCCACAGAUGACUCCCCAGAAGCCGAUUAUUCCUCCGCCAAGUCCCGGACCGGCUCUCACCAUGAAAGGCCCGAUGCAGCAGCAGCAGCCGAAACCUGCACAGGCAGCUCCGGAGCAGAAACAAACCCCGACACCUCCUACUCCUCCUCCUCAGGCGAAGGUCGAGACACCCAAACCAGAGAUGCAGUCACCUCCACCGAAAGCAGCCAUCACAUCCCCUCCACCUACGCAGGAAAACAAGAUUCAAAACGCCAACCAAGAGCAGCAGCUGAAGUCGCCGGCAGCAAACGCGAACGGUCAGCAGAAGCAGCCUCCGCAAGCGAGCCCGAAGUCCGGGCCGCCGCAGCAGCAGCAGCAGGGCCAGAGGAGCGGGGGGCCUCCACAGGGCCAGAGACCGCAGCAGAGCCCGAGGGGGGGACCACACCAGGGUCAGAGAGGAGGAGGAGGGGGACACAAUCAAGGCCAGAGGACGGGACCACACCAAGGCCAGAGAACGGGACCACACCAAAGCCAGAGGAUGGGACCAAAUCAAGGCCAGAGGACGGGGCCGUCGCCAAUGAGGCCCAGGCAAGAGUCGGAGAGAAAGUCCAACAACGACUCGACUGAUGGUGACGACGGCCAGUCAAGUGAGUUCAAGGCAACACUGUCCAUGCUGCUGAAGCCCGGUGAGAAGACGUACACCCAGCGUUGUCGUCUGUUUAUCGGAAACCUGCCCAACGACCUCUCAGAGGAAGAUUUCAAGAAGCUGUUUGCAAAAUAUGGAGAGCCGAGCGAGGUCUUCAUCAACAAAAGCAAAGGCUUUGGUUUCAUCCGACUGGAGUCCCGUGCACUUGCAGAGAUAGCAAAAGCUGAGUUGGAUGACACACCCAUGAAGGGUAGACCCCUGCGUGUCAGAUUUGCCACACACUCUGCAGCUUUGUCCGUGAAGAAUCUGUCACCAUUUGUUUCAAACGAGCUCCUGGAAGAAGCUUUCUCACAGUUUGGAAUGGUCGAGAGGGCCAUUGUCAUUGUCGAUGACCGCGGGCGCUCUACAGGCAAGGGCAUUGUCGAGUUUGCCUCCAAACCUGCAGCCAGAAAGGCUUUGGACAGAUGCAACGAGGGCGUCUUCCUUCUCACCACGUCUCCCCGUCCAGUUGUUGUGGAACCCCUGGAGCAGUUUGAUGAUGAAGAUGGUCUCCCAGAGAAAUUGGCACAGAAGAACCCCAGAUAUCAAGCAGAGCGUGAGGAACCUCCUCGUUUCGCUCGUCCUGGAACCUUUGAAUUUGAGUACUCCAAGCGCUGGAAGUCCCUGGAUGAAAUGGAGAAGCAGCAGAGACAGCAGGUGGAGAAGAACAUGCGCGAGGCCCGUGAGAAGCUGGAGAGCGAGAUGGAGGACGCUUUCCAUGAGCACCAGGCCAACCUGCUCCGUCAAGAUCUGCUGAGGCGACAGGAGGAACUGAGACGCAUGGAAGAGCUGCACAGCCAGGAGAUGCAAAAGAGGAAGGAAAUGCAGAUCAGGCAAGAAGAAGAGCGUCGCAGGCGGGAGGAGGAGAUGCUUCGCAAAAGAGAGGUGGAAGAACAGAUGAGACGUCAGCGUGAGGAGAAAUUCAGGAUGGGCAACUUCAUGGAUAGGGACAGGGAAAUGAGGAUGAAUGCCGGUGGCAUGGGAGAUAUGCCCUUCGGUGCAGCCAACCCGAACUUCCCCAUGGGUGGACUGGGACAGCAAGGAAUGGGAGCAUCUCCAGGAGGCCUGAUGGGCAACGAAAUGCGCAAUGAGCGCUUUGCCCAAGGGGGUCCCAGGGGAAUGGGUCCUGGUAAUGCCGGGUAUGGCCGAGUCCGCGAGGAGUUUGAUGGUCCCGCUAAAAAACCACGCUUUUAAACGCUUCCCUUUGAUGCGCCCUGCAGGAGCAUUUGUACAGAUUCUUUAAAACGAUGCUUUUCUUGUAUUUAAGUUUAAAUUGUUGCAUUUUAGCCUGCUUUUUUCACAAAGUCAAUAUUUUCAUUUUUAUUUUGUAUUGUCAGUAGUAGUAGUAGUAAGGAAAGAUCGGUCACCCUGGUGUGAUCAGAUGCAUCUUUCUGACCCCUGUAAAAUUUUCUUUUCUAGAUGUAUAAUGCUCUGUGAGUCUCCGUGAAGUGAUAAUUGUAAAUUUUUUCUCUACUCUAUGGCUGUGUUUUGUGCCAUACCUUUGGAGUCUAAGCAUGUAUUACAAUAAAGAGACGUUGGUUCUAUCAGGACAAACCUUUAUAAUUUAUUCCCAAAACUAUUAACACAGUGUUUAAAAAGAAACCAAAUCCCAACAAUUGGAUCACUUGCAAAAAACUAAAAUAGAAAUUGUUGAUAUAUGUCACAUUAGUUCAUAAAGGGGUCUAUGUGUUAUCCUUGCUUCAGUCCUGAUGUCGCUCAUUAAGAGAUGUGAAACAUCCUAUCUUAAAACACAAGGCUUCACGUGUUGGCUCCCUCAAAAAGCUUUCCACCUCUUACCUCAGCAACUAGCUGGUACAGAUCACAGGAAAAUGUAAUUACUUUUCCAGUGUUUAUCAAUUUUUAUAAAGUAAACAAGAGGUGGCAUAGACACUGUUCAGACAUUUCUAGUUAAGAAACAAGUCUGUUUGCCAAAUGUGCUGUUGAAUCAAAAGUGCUGAGUCCAAGACUUGAUUUUUGUUACUGCAGUUUCACUCUUCGAACACGGUUCAGAGUGGGAUUAUUCAACUUUGAGCAUUUUAUUUUUGAGAGGGUGCACUUGCUUGCAAUGGUUAUUGUAUUUGAAUAACUUUACUGUUACAGAAAUGCUUCAGUAAAGCGGAGGUAUGACACAUAGAACCUUUUAAGAAAGCCUGUGAUGGUAUGUUUGUGUGGGGGAGUGAAUGUCCUUUAAAAGGAACAAUUCUGAUCAGGUUCUCGGUCUACCAGUGACCAGCAGAUCUUUUUAGUGAAUGUUGUGUGGUGAUGAAGCUGGGGUUGUUGACUACAUUGAAAUGCUGUCUAACUAUACUAAUAACAUGCAUUUUGAUAUCUGGCUUCCUGCUCACAGGUGCCAUUGAAGUAUUUGCAAAGUUGUUGAGCAUAUCAAGGAACAACCUAUUACAAGAAAUGUAGCUAAUACUAAUGUAGACAGCUGAAGUUCCUGUAAUGGUCCCUAGAGGGUUGCUUCCAAAGCAAGUCAAUCCCCACGAAGACCUAUGUAAACAUUUUCUGACUUCACAACAACCCAUUCUUCAACGUGGGUUUUAACUUUAUUUCCCCUUUCAUGACAGCUGUACUUGGACUGAGUUUUGUGCAACUCAUCAUUUGAAAAGAAACGGAUAGCUUUGUGUAAUUAGGAAUGGGUUUGGUAUAAUAUUGGGCAUCGCCUUUACUUUUCUGACUCACUGAACUUAACUUGCUUGAUAUCCACCAGUUUGGAAAUGAUGGCUUUGCCAAUUUAUAUUUAUUGUCAUGGCCAUAAUUUGACAAAGUAAAGGCUUCAAAACAUUGGUUCACAAAACACCGGGUGAUGUCAUGUUUGCUACAUCCAUGUCUUAGUCCACAAGAUGGACAAAAAAGCCUGAAUUAGCAGUCUAUGGUUGUGUUGCCAUUUUAUUGGUAGUUGUAAUUGUAUGUGGAUGUAUUGAGCUUAAUGCAUUCCUCAGCAAACAAAGUUAUGGACCUCCUUAUUAGUUAAUUAAUCAACACAUUACUUCCACUGGACAACAUCUACCCAUUGAAGCCAUUAGAUAAUAUCCAGGAAAGUUAAAGAAGAGUAGUCUUAGUAGCUACAGUAGUGACAUGUUCACAACAUGUUUAGCCUGUUUCCAGUAAAGCCUUUUAAAGACUGGCUUAGCAAGUAAUUAAGAUGCACAUAUGUUCAGUCAGUCUAGUGUUAGAGUUUCCCCAGUUGCCCAAUCCUCCAAUUGCAUCCUAAUUACUUGGUACAUUUCUCCUAAAAUUAUUAACUACUUUUCCUUUGAGAAUUUGGUAACACUAUUGCAAAUUCAUUAUAAACAGUCAAGCCAUUCAUUUGGGCAAACCUUUGUUAUUUGGUAGCUGGUUUCUGUGUAGAUGAGAAUUAUUAUCUAUUUCUCACCUUUGACAAUGAAAGUCAAAUUAACCAUUAUAACGCUGUUGAAAGGCAAACAAAAAGAAGUAAAGGACUGGCUGACAUACUUUUUGUGUGUCUAUAUACCAUAGUUACUCUUUUGGUUCAACUAAACUUUCAGUGUAAUAACCAUGAGAAACUGCAGAACAAAGGAAGAAUGGGGAAAUCCUUCAAAAAGGGGUCAAAGUGACCUUUUAUCCUCAGUACUGCUUUUGGAAUUUGGAUUGACUUCAUAGAGCGCCAUGACACUAGAGUAACCUGAGUCAUGACCUUGAAAAUGGACAUGUAUUUUAAAUCCUCAACAUGCACAAGUUGAACAUCACCCUCAAAGCAAUCAUUGUGCUGCACCUGCAAGAAGAGGAGUUUUGAUUCUGUCCCCUGGCUUACAGAAGAAUGUGGAAGGUAAACUGCACUGCUGUGGAAACUGUCUCUGCUCAAAGGGGCAUUUCACAUUCUCCAUCUUGUGAAUCCUUUUGCAUCUCAUCACUACAGAGAAAGAAGACGAUUGGUAGUAUUUUUUUUUUACCUCUGAAUUUGGAUUUACAUGCACAUUACAUUGGACAGAUACAUUUUUAUGUGGCAUUAGCUUUGCCUGGCUAAAGUUCUGUGAGCAUGCUUUAUAGUUGAUUUGUUGGCAAAGACUCUUAGCUGCUGCUCUUCACCACACUACUUGGAUUUUUUUCCUCAGAUCUGGCUUUGAGUGGUUGUUGGUGACACAACCAAAAACAACUGCCCUUUUGCCAGGAAAGAAACCUUGCCUUGACUCAUAUCCUUAAUCGGGUCAUAUUUAACAACAACCUUCCAUGAUCAACUUUCUGCUUUUCAGAAGAAAACUAACUGUGAAAUUACAAUGGCCCAUAAUUGGAACCAAAACAUUAAUGUACACAGUUCAUUAUAGAGCUGUGAGAAACAAUUGAUACAGCAGAUUAUUGUUAACUCUUUUCUCAAUGCUCAGUGAUAAUCCAUUUGUAAUGGUAUCAUAUUGUAGUUUUAGAUUCUGGCAUUGAGAAGACCUUAUGGUUUUAAAUAAAUUGGAACAGAAAGUCUAUUAAAUAGUUUUCAGAACCCUAACUGUAGACGUUUUAUUGUCUUUUUUGGAAGUCUGGUUAGAAGACCAUAAUAGUCGACCGUAAUCUAAAUAAAAGCAUGGACGAGCGUCUCUGGCCAUAUGGUUCCGUAAGGCCUGACCGAUAUUUGAUUGUUGGGGCCGAUACAGAUAUCAAUAUUUGUGAGUAAAUCCAAUUCCGAUAUAUCAGAUAUCUUUCUUAAAACUAUGAAGUCUUUAGAGCUAGAUAGAUAUAGCUAUAGACAUUUAUUGCUUAGAUCCCUCAAAUGCAGUUAUCACAUCCUUGUGGGAAAGAUUUAUAAUGAAUCACUCAACUGGAAAGUAACUGUGCAUGUACGUGCAGCAUCGCUUGUCAUUCUGGAGAAUGAUAAUGCUUGUUAUAAUCCAUAUAGCGCCGUCUGCUGGUGAAAGAGAACUGCUAGUGAAGUACAACAAAACUCAAAUUAAAUGCUAUUGUGAACUGGUGAAUAAAUUUAGUAAUAUUGGCACGUAUCUGCGAUUAAAAUAAGCUGAUAUCGAUAGUCACUUGAUAAGCUAAUAUUGGCUGAUUAAUCGGUCAAGCUCUAUAAAUGAGAUGAUAAAAUGUUUUGGAGAUUGCUCUGAUAUGGCUAACCAAAGGUAAGAUCCGAGUCUAUCAGUAUACCAAGAUUACGUACUUGGUCUAUGGACUUCGGAGGCCGAGUCGAAAUGUUUACUGAUCAUUCUCCUUUGUUUCUCUAUAAGCUAACAAAAAAAAUCUCUAUUUUACCUUUAACUCUGGAAGACGUUUUUCUCAAUGCCUUGUUAAUACAGUUAACGUUGAAAUCCCUGAUGGCAUUAUCUUUAUUUACAUUUAAAUCCCUGAUUGCAACCAUAAAAUGAUUCCUGCUAUAUGGGAACAUUUUAUUGAUUAUCAUGUAAAUGUUCAAGAUCAAGGGGGAUUCCUUUAUAUUACCCCUCUGUUGCUACUAUGGCUUUUUCCAAUGGAUAAAGUCGUUACCCUUUUGGAGGUAUUUUGAAUUCACUUAGACGCCAUACAGACACUUGCCAAGUGCUUCUUAGAAAUGUGUGGUAGGAGAAGUUGGGCGGUAAAAUUGAGUGUAAGUAUUCUUGUAAUCAUAACAUAUUUUUGAGAUUCAUUUAAACUAUUUUAAAACUUGACAAGUAUAACUGUUGCAAUGCCUCUGAUAAAUCAGAGCGCUCCUUGUUGGCACUAGUUUCACUCCGAUACUUCGGGGACUUUUUAAGAAACAUGCCUACAUGUCCAAGUGACAGAAGUGUACCUACAGCAGUACAACUUCUAAUACAACUUUUUAUCCCAACCAUGGUUGGAUUUCAACAUAAUGGGAACAAAAAAUGGCUUUUCUGAACCUUUGCAGCCACUUAUAUAGUGCUCUUUGUUAAACAGUAAGUAUUUGUACAGUGCCUGACAUGGAGCAUAGUUUGGACCAAAACUGCAUCCUAUUUUAUCUGUCCUUCCAUUCUUAUAUAGCGAACAAUGACAAAAGAAUGGGAAUAGUAUGAAAUUAAAAAACUGUAAAAGAUAACCCUAUUCUUAGGUAAAGUCUUAUAGCUCCCUCUGCACAACAGGUCUACUUGUGAUUUGGCUCCUAAAUGGAGACAAAAUAUAAGAGAUUAUUCAUCUGAAAUAUUACAUGUGUUUGUAUUGUGUACAUGUUUCCUUUUAACAGGUUUGACCAGCUGUAAAGAUUUUGGACUGUCUGGGAAUUUGUUGCCUGUACGGCUGGACAUAGAAGUCCUUUAUUAAAGAAAUCUAAACCCUGGACAUGAAAAGUGGCCUUAGUUUUAACAACAGGACACCAUAUAGAGGACUGGAAUAGAACAUCUGCAUUUAAGAUGAAAAACAAAGAUAUUGAAAUGUUUUCCCCUUUAGUAAGCGGAGUAUGGAUAGAUAAUAGAGCCAUGACUCUAACAAGCUCUGCAGUGUAACUUCACGGGUAAACCCAAUGGAUUUAUUUAUGAAAGACAACAGGAAAACUCAAUUUAGAGUAGACCAACUUAUUGUAACAAUCAAGACUGUAGAUCUGUAAAUCUCUUUUGAAUUGUAGAAAUGGAAGAAGUUUGGAUGUCACCUGUGAGUAUUAAGCUCUUUAAAAUGAGGAUAUCCAUGACUGAACUGCAACAUUUUUUUUAUGUUCAUUAGGCAUUGACUUGUUCUGAAUCCUGUUGCAGUUGAAUAACUCUGUGAUCUUCUGUUUUGAGAAGUUAGGAAUAUUCUAGUCUUGAUUCUUCUACACAGCAGAGUACUAGCUCUGUGAACCUCGACUCACUUAGAACUGGUGCAGAUUUUUGCUUGACUUAAUUUUUAUUUGAUAUCUCCUGCUCCGUGUAGGAAGAGUUCUUAGCUGGGCAUCAUAACCAUGUGGCACGAGACAAAGUUAGUGUUUUCACUGCAACACAAAACGCAGUAAUUAAUAUUAAUUGAAGUGGUCAGUUAACUUCAGUAAUUCUAGUUAUGUAUAAAAAAAAAAUGGUUUGAAAUGUACACUUCAAAUCUUGUGCCUCUCCACCAUAAUCAAGAGUGGUUAGAGGGUCUGUGCAAACACAGACAUCACAAAUCGUUCAUCCAAAUCGUGUAGAUUGUCUGGUGAUAAAGGUGAACUUUCUGUGAUUCACAGUUUUCACUAGAGGUGCACCAAUUGACCUUACUGAUUGAUCUGUUAAAGGCAAAGUACACCCUGAUUGAUGUCAGUGACAUACAGUGCUUCAUUCCACUGUGGACUUUAUUAAAGAAAAGCUAUGUCCAGUAGCCUGGUGCACUUUAACUUGAUUUAUUUUAUCAUGACAUAUUAGAACAUAAAAUCAAUGUGCAUGGUUAGGAGCAAAGACAUUUUUACAACCUUAAUACCUUUCUAUUCAGAAGGAUUAUUGGAAUAAGUAAAACUCUGGAUCAGCAGGUCAGACCUUGGAAAAAAAACUGGAAAUUGGAAUCGGCCAAAGAAAUGGCAAUCGAUGCAUCUUUUCCCAUCACCUUUAUAGUAUCCAUUUUCCAAUGCUUGGAACUGCAUCUAAUCUGACACAACGAAGUUCUUGGUACCAUCAACUCUUUCCAAUGGAAAACCACAGAGGAAUGGUUUCAAGCCGAUGAGCUUUACCGUGCAGUGGAAAUGAUGUUUUCACUUGACUACACGUGGUGGAGUUUCUGAAGAGAAUUCCAAAGAACUAUGUUCAUUCUGGAGCUGUUUUAAAACCAUUUAGAGUGUAUCUUUAGCUCAUUUCAGAUUUCAUCUCGUCUUUCUUGAUUUUUCUUCAAUCCAUCUUUAAUCAAAGUUUUGAUGAUAGUAAAAAAAUAUUUUCACCUUAUUUCAGAUGUCUCACAAUCCCAUGUAUCUUUAAGUCUUUCUUGAUGAUUCUCUUCAAUCCAUCAUUAAUCCAAGUUAUGAAUAAGACAAAUAUUUAGUUAGUUUUUUGAGUAUACCAAGAUUGUUAAGGUGAACUUCGUUAUAUUGACGCAGGGCUCUUCUGAUUUAGAAACAGCUCUUUCUUUAAUAGAUUAUUAUUAACUGGAUAACCUGAUGAAGAAAGUUAAACAUCUGCAAGAGAAAAGGUUACAUCAUAGACAAAAACUAGAGAAGGAAAAGUCAACAAAGACAAUUGAAUGUCUGAUCUGCUUGUGAUUAUAACAAUCAGUCAUAGUUAAGUCAAAUAAAGCCUUGUGGUAUUUAUUUAGAAAUUAUUAAUAUUGUCCUGGCUAUCAGAAGCUUUUCUACUUAGAAGAAUAGUACAAAGACUUUCAUCUUACCUCGUCUCUGAACAUCCUCCAGAAAGUUCAGCAACUUCUCAUGGACGUAUUGUGAAUUUGAAACCUUGUAAUGUUAUGUCUGUGUGUUGGUGUUGUGUACAAUUUGUUUUUCUUUAACAGGUAUGACCAUCUUUAAAGGUGUUGGACAAUGGAAAGGAAGUUUCCAAAUCAAGUAAUUCAAAGUCUGAAGCUUCUGUUGGAGUUGUUUAGUCAUUGUUAAGAUAUGGACCUCAAUGAAUGGCUACGUGUUUAUUAUCUUCUUUUGGCUCUAUACCUUGGACUUCAGUUUGAAACGGGUUAAAACAUUUGACUAGUCUUCCUCAACUUGACAAAGUACGUACGAUUGGAUUGACCAUGUCAAGAACUCUCAGCUGAUCGUGUGGAGUAAAGAAGGAAUUCAAAGCUUUAGCAUUUAGAUUUAAGAUACAGUUACGAUUUGGUCCGGUUUGGUUCAGUACAGUUGGUAUGGUCUGGUACCGUAAAUCCUGACCUCCCUUGCUUUUCCACAGCCGUCCCUUACAUUAUAAGUUACUUGUUCCACAACUAUUUCAGUCACUAAUGAGACAGUAACAAUACAAGCAGAGCACAAAACUAACACUUAAGUGACAACCAUAAACGUACAGACAGACUGGAACACUUCCUCAUUGCCAAUAGCGCUGUCUAGUUCCCUCUAACCCUAAACAGCCAACUCCCCAAUCCAAAUUUUAGUAUUGUUUAAAAGGGCUUUUAUAAAAGACUUUUUAAGGAGGUUUUAAGUAUUUUUUUUAAUACCCAUUGUCUCCUGAUUGCCCGUGCCCCUCACCUUUACCCAACCUAACCGCACUCUACGGUAAUGAUCCCUAGGAAGGUCUGCACCUCCGAAGUCGUGCAUGAGACAAUGAUACACGCUCACAUAUUAAUCGCUAAAAUGCCUUGAAAUUACACUCUUGCAGACGCAAUGUUUUGUGUUUUCUUUGAAUGGAAGUGAUGAUUCUUUCGACCAAUAAACAGACUGCAGUUUGUCUAGCUCGACCUUUUAGGAUCGGAUCAGUACG